AUGCAAUCGAGUAUGCAGCAUCCAGACUCCACAAAGCACCAUUCCAAGUCAACAAUAACUGUGGCUAAAACACUUCGGCCGCCAUUCUCUUCAGAAUUUCAGGUUAUAAUCACAGUUCCUGCACAAAAACCAGAUGUGCAAAAAUCAGGCGAAUUUAAUGCACACACGGUUCCAAUAACAGUUCAUUUAAGUAAAGAAGGCAGCGCAAGUACGCUUGGGGCGUAUAUAUACUCAAUUGUGGACACACGUGACCAGAAUUUGAGCGUAUACCAGACAAUACUAAACAACUCGACCGAAAUACAGGUUGAUCUUGCCAAAAAACUCGGCACUUUACUAAGCAAGAACGUUGGAGGACUUCUUACCGGUUACCAGGGAGCUUUUUGGUUUUAUUGA